GUGAUGUGCCGCUUCACCCAAGAGCCCCAGCCGGAGUCGACGGGCUGCUCUACCCAGGUGGUGCCGACAGCCGAGGACAAAAAGGUCCCCAUCCGUGUCAAAAGGUCAAACCUGGAGAAGCUCAUCGCGGCGGCUGUGGAAGCAAGCCACGAAGCAUCGAACAACGCCUCCUUGAAGAGGCGAAUUCGCCAGCGCUUGCACAAGAAGCUGGGCUCCAUCCUCUCGAAAAAGGACUUCGCAGCUGCAAUGGACAAGUUCAAGCAGAUGACCGACGAUGGGGCGUCACCAACAAGCACCCUGCAGACCUCUGAUAUAAAGCACCCUGAGACUGCGAGUUCAAAGGACAACGGGUCCGCGUUUCAACUCCCAGUGGAGCGAACCUUCAUCCACUUCCAAAUUUAUCCUACUUGCCAGAGGCGUUCCAGCUCCGUGCCGAUGCGUGGCCGAAGCGGGAGCAUGUGA